AUGUUGCCAAGUAACUACACUUUGUUCUAUUCAACCACGCCUGAGAAUGAAGGAUGCGUUGCGUUCUACGGCGGCUGUUAUGACACCAUCGAUGCAGGAGAAACUUUGCACGAACCACUAUAUAGGGUCUACGUGAAGUAUCCUAAUAUUAUAUUCAGCGCGGUGGAAAAUAUCGUGGACGAUGAUACAACAGUCAUUGCUGGUAUCAUACCGAACCUCAUGACCAAGGAAUACACUGAAGGGAUUGCAAUCGUUGAUAUGCGUACAGAGAAAAGUGCGAGAGUCAUCAUCAAUGGCAAUGUGUUCAAUGUUGAACAGCGUGCUACGCAGCUCGGAUGGAAGUUCAAAGAUCCAGAAGGUAUCAAGUACAAAUGGAACACUCCAAUACAAGGGUGCCAGAUGGGAGCUGACUGA